UGAGCCUUUAUUAGUCGGGAUCGUUUGGAUCUUAUCUCGCAUAUGACACUCGGUGGAAGAAAGAAAGACAGACUGGAAGAAAGAGGGGAUUAUCUAUUAACUGCCUUCCUAUCUGCUGAUUCCUGACACGGGGAGAGCCUCAUCUCUUAUCUCGCCCCUUUAUCCUCCCUCUUCCACACACGGAUGGACGAGUAGCCCUAUCUGCACUUUCACCACUAUCUGCCCAUCACAUCUAUUGUCUCUCCAUCGCGCGCUGGGAUCGCAGGAGGGGGGAAGAAGCUGAUCCUUGCUCAGAUUAUUUUUUUUAAUCACCCGAUCAGUUCACCUCACCGGCCUUUACCGGGGUCUUCUGCAUGGCGAGACUUGGACUGUUUUGAUCCGCUGAAAUAUUUUUUCCCCCUUGAUUGACACUUGACCCCUGUGUUGUGAUUCCCAUGUUGCAACUUCGCGGCUGAAAAGUGAAACCAGUAGAGUUUUUGUUUUGUUUUCUCAAUUUUCCGACGGCCUCCUGUUGAUGCGAUAUAUAUAUAUAGCCUGUAUAUAUAUAUAAAAAAAUCUGAUGGUUGUUUGGCCAGUGGAAUAUGAGUUAAUUUGGAGUUGAGGCUCCGCUCAAGAGCUUUCAAGAUCAUUUCAAGAGAUUUUUGCAUCGCAACUCUUUGUCCAGGUACCAUAACGAGGAGUAACCGCUUAUUUCAGAGUGUGAAAAUGAUGCUGAGUCCGGACCAGGCCGAGGCGGACCUCUCCUGGACGCAGUCCGACCCGGAGACCGUGCUCAACGGCAUCAAGUCAGUCGGCUGCGCGUCGGACGAGCCAGUGGACGGGGAGGCCAAGGCCAAGUGCCUGGCUCAGCAGCCGCUCAGCAGGGAGGAGAAGAGGCGGAGGAGGCGGGCCACGGCCAAGUACCGCUCGGCCCACGCCACCAGAGAGCGGAUCCGGGUGGAAGCCUUCAACGUGGCCUUCGCGGAGCUGAGGAAAUUACUGCCCACCUUGCCCCCGGACAAGAAACUCUCCAAGAUCGAGAUCCUCAGACUGGCAAUAUGCUACAUCUCCUAUCUCAAUCACGUAUUGGAUGUCUAAAAAAAUUAACCCCCUUUCCUCCUUAUUUUCCCCUUAACAAGUGGUUUGGUUUGGGUGUUAAAUUGGGCGUCAGUUUGGUGUAUGGCAAGGUUGGUAAACGUUGACCAAUAAGGGAUUUUAUCUUGAAAACCAAUAUAGGCCUACCGAUAUUUUUGUAGCUUGCUGGAGUUGCAGUUGGUCAAUAUCUUUAAGUUUCACCAUUUCCAUGUCAAAAAAGAAGAAGAAAAACAGGUUAGAGUCCAGCCUAGAAUUUUAUUCUUGUCAGCCCAUGAAACAGUGUUGAUUAACCAUCAUGGAACGAUAAAAACUGAGCACUGAAACCCAGAUGAUCAAGGCAAGGUUGAUAAGCUGCAAGGCAC